AUGGAUACACAUGGUGAUUGGUUUGUAAGCAACUGUGGGGAUAAACGAAGUUUUAUUUGUCAUGGCAAUGGUGAUACCAGUGGUCACAUUUUUGUUGCUGGAACCAAAUCAUGGAGGGAUGCUCAGAGUCAUUGCAGGGGCUUAUUGUCUGAUCUUGUCAGUAUACACUCAUCAGAAGAGAAUGAGGCAGUACGAAAUGUGUCAGUGUCAAAUUCUGCGUGGAUUGGCCUCUUCAGAGAUCCAUGGAAGUGGUCGGAUGGGAGCACCUCAUCAUUCCGCAACUGGAAACCACAAAACCUGAUAUUAAUCCAGGAAAACAUGACAUGGAUUGAAGCUAGUAGUUACUGCAGGGAGCAUCAUGUUGACCUUGUCCACAUUACAACUGGAGACAUUCAGAAGAAGGUGGCUGAAAAGGCAAGAAACGCCACAUCAGCCUAUGUCUGGCUAGGCCUACGCUACACCUGUAACUUUGACUUUUGGUUCUGGACCAGUUCAGCCACUGGCUGUUACCAGAACUGGGCCCCAGGUCAAGGAUCUGAGGUUAAAUAUUACUGUGGGGCUACUGGUGCCAUUCAGGCCACUGGGGGGCAGCAAUGGGUUGUCUUGCCUGAGGCAAAAAAACUUAAUUUCAUUUGCCAUGCCUGUGCUGGAUAA